CCCAAGAUGGCAAAACGUCAUCUCUCCGUCCGACUCUCCCAAGAUGACGGAGCUGCUUUACCCGACGACCUUCCCAAGAUGGCGGCCUGAGGCCGAGCGCGAAGCAGUCAUGGCCGGGAGCGAGGCGAUGCUGAGGCGAGCGAUUGAGGCGCUGGAGCUGCUGCUGGGGACAGCCGGGGCCGCCGGGACAGGUUCGGGUCCUCUCCAGGCAGCAAAACAUGCUGAUCUGCUGGAAUCCUUGCACUUCAACAUGGCUGUUUUGGAGGAGAAGUUCGCCCAGGACCCCCAAUGGGAAGAACUGCGGAGGUUGAGAGCAGAGGUCUCUAGGCAGGCACAGUGGCUGGCAUCCAGCCCAGAUGUGCCUUGGAGUUUUACUUGCCAUGCCUUGCUCCUGCUACUAUGUCUGAAGCAGUGCAUGGGUCUCUUAGCUGCGGCUUUCUGCCCUCCUCAGCCAAACCCCAAGAUGGCUGAAGCUGCACCUCCUCUGAGUCCUGACACACUUAGCAUUGCCCAGGAGAAGAUCAUACAGGCAGCCUUGCAGUUUGUUGUCACCUUGGGUCUUUGCCCCUAUCUCUUGCCUGGCGUUGGGCUUCCCUUGGGAAACAGGACAGAGUUCAGUGACCUGGUCCAAGAAGUGGUCUCGCCCGGCUGCCUUUCCAGUGCCACACGCAAGCUUUACGCCACCUGCAGUGUCCUGAUGGAGGUUGCUCGGCACCCAUCCCUGGGCAGCCUCAUUCUCACACGUCACCUUGGGGAUCUUAUGGCAGGGUUGUGUCAGCUUGGUUUUUGUCCAGCAAGGAGGAAGGGCAAGGAUGUCAAGCUGCAGGAGGAACUAAUGGGCCUUACGGAAGAAGAGCGAAGCAGCUGCAGAGGAGCAUUGCGAGGCCUUUUGGACAGAGUUUACCAGCCGCUGGUGGUUCGAGAGCUCUUGCUGCUGCAGGGUGGAUCUAAACAGGCCUCCCGCUCUGGCGUACGUGAUCCUGAGCAUGGUCUGGCUCCGGCCCCAGCGUGGCUCCGGCGUCUCUGUGGGCAGCUGCUCUCCGAAAGGCUGAUCAGGCUUGGUGGAGUUCAGGCUGUGGUCCGUGGCAUCCUGGAAGGGGCAGGAGCUGGGGCUGCUGGGGGCAGCAGUGCUGAAGCAGCAGCGGCCGACUGGCGGAAGUGUGAUGUGGUGGCCAGGAUCCUCUCCUCUUGUCCUCAGCAGUCUCUGUCCCUGGAGGAUUAUUGCCGACAGGUGUGCCCGCAGGUGCUGCAGCUGUUCCUCAUUCAGGAUAAGCUGACAGCCUGUCAGUUCCAGCGAGUCGCCACCACGACUGUCCUCACCAUGGCAAGGCAGCACCCCCAGCAAGCAGAGAAGCACCUGCUGCGUCCCAUGCUGGACCCGCUCCUGCGCUGCUCGGAGGAUGAUGUGGCAGAACUGUUGCUUGAAGACCCACCGGCAGGGACAGUUUUGGUGAAAGAAGAAGAGCUCAGUGGGUGUGUGGAAAGUGUGUUUAAGGUGUAUGUUGUGGGCAAUGAACCCUUGGCUGUGCUCCUGGACUCAUUGCAGCCUGUUCUGGGAACCAUCUUCUCCCUCUGGUGUUUUACCAAGCAGAAUGUGUCUUUUCUACGCUCCCCGUGCCAGGAGAUCCUGUUGUGGUUCUUGGAGAAGCGCGAGAGGCAGACGGCGCUCUCCAUCCUGGAAGGACUCGCAAGGCUGGGAGGAGCCACCCACUCGCUCCAUCCGCUGUGCCAGUUUCAAGCAGGCAGUGAAGGGGGCGCCGUCGUCACUGUCAGAGCGGCUGUGGGUGAUGAAGAUGAGGCUCUCUUCCAGAAGGUGUCCUCUGAGCAGUGGCAGCUGGAGCAGCUGGUGGAGUUGCUCUCUCACUGCCAGAGCAGCGGCUUAGCUGGAGACUUCUUCCUCUGCUGCUUAAAGGAGCUGACACAUGUUGCUGGGCAAGGUGGUUCCAGAGUGGAGUCUGUCCCACUCUCCUCCAGCAAGAGUCCUCUGGACCUGGAGCAAGGCUGCAGCCCCCACAUCGAGCGGCAAGAGAGGCGGCUGCAGGUGCUGCAGUUGAUGGCCAUGCUGUGCCAGAGUGUCUCGGACACACUGUUCACAGACAUCACACAGGUUGUAGAAUUUGUCGCCGCAACUCUGCAGCGGGCCUGUGCAAGUCUUGCCUGCAGCUCAGGGGGCACGGUGGAAGCCCAGACGCUGAGCAUGGCUAUGGGACUAGUGGCUGCCGUGCUAGGAGGGGCCGUACAGCUCAAACCGGCUGACUUUGCCGCCCUGAAGGGGCUAGUACCUCUACUGGAGGACGUCUCCCACAUUCACCCAGAGCCUGUCGUCCAGGAGCUCGCUGCUGACUUGCGCAUCACCAUCUGCACCCAUGGAGCCUUUUCCACAGAAACAGUCUGCUCUGCUGCCCACAGCACCCUGGGCAAGAGUGAUGCAAAGGGGGCCGUCAGAGCAAGGCCUGGCAUGAGCCAAGACUCCACAGAGAGAUCCCCUGGUGAGGCCCCUGGGACCAAGGCGGCUCUGCCACAGAACCACACAGAGAGCAGCUCGGCUGCUGACCGUGUUUCCACUGUGCCAAGAGGGCGUCUGUCUGCAGAGAAUUCUGCUGCAGAGCCAGGCUCUGGAUCCGGGGACCUGCAAGAGCUCCUGUUAUCUGUUUAUGACCCAGACAUCCCAGCACGAGCUGCUGCCUUGCGCAGGCUUUCCCGCUUGAUAGAACAGAGAGACCAAGAAGCCCUGAAGAUUCAGGAGAAACUUCUGAAGGUAUUUUUGGAAAAUUUGGAACAUGAAGAUCCCUUUGUUUAUCUUUCUGCUAUCCAAGGUGUUGCCCUGCUGUCGGAUGCGUUCCCGGAGCAAGUCCUGCCCCACCUGCUAGCCCAGUAUGGGGGCGCUCAGCCAGGCAUACAGGAAACACAGAUGGCUGAGACCAGGAUGAAAGUGGGGGAGGCCCUGAUGCGCAUCACACGAACACUGGGAGACAUGGUCUUCCUACAUCGAGACAACCUGAUCCACGCUUUCUUGCGAGGAGUAAGAGAUCCCGACAGCACCCUUAGGGCGAGCAGCCUGUCCAACCUGGGAGAGCUGUGCCAGAUGCUUCAUUUUCAGCUGGGCUCUGUGCUCCACGAGGUGACCUGGUGUUUGACAACAGUGGUGAAAACCGACCACCAGGCUGAAGUGCGGAGAGCGGCUGUCCACGUGGUGGUGCUUUUGCUGCGUGGCCUCAGCACAAGAGCCGUGGAGGUUCUCCGGGAUGCCCUGCUGGAUCUCUACCGCCUGCUGAAGUCUGUGGUGCGCUGCGAACUAGAUGAGGUCACUGUGCUUCACGCACAGCUGGCCUUGGAGGAGCUCGACAGCAUCAUGAGAGAGCUCCUCUUUCCCCGUCAAACUCUUGAGAAGAAGAUUGAGGUCCUUCCGUAGGGAGGCGCAAGGGCCACUGGAUCAGAGGACCCCCACCGCUGUGCACCACGACCUCAGAAUUGUGCCACUGCUUCCUGGGGAAUGGGGAACUUGGGAGCAGAGCAGCUGGAGCCCUUGGAGCCCCCUGGCCUCAGAAGUGCCAGGGAGCAGAAAGGCCUUGGGGCUACGGUAUUGUCUGCCCAGAACUUUGCUCCCGUGGGUAGCCUUUGCAGAGAUUCCACUCUUGCCAAAGUGGGACAUUUAUUCAAGGAUGUCUCACAGCAGAAUAAGAGCUGUCUUGGAGCUGCUUCUGAGAUCAGUCAGUGCAAUAAAUUUAAUGAGGAAAAAACAGUCGUAUGUGGAAAAUGUGCCUUCACACAUAGGCAAGGGUGCGGUUACCCCGCCUGGCGGGGUCCAAUGGAGGAGGAGUCCGACUUGGAGCUAGUGGAGCAUAGUGGCUAGGAGCACAAUCUGUGAGUCCCAAAGUCCCUGGCUGGCUGCUGGAAUCUCUGGUUGGCUAUGAACUCAGGCAAGCCCUUGCUUUGCACCCUCUUCCUUGCUUUUCAUGGGAAGUUUCUUGUUGGUGUGAAGUGAAACUGAAGUGGGGCCUCUUCUGUCCUUCACGGGCCCUUCAUGGGAGCAUUCCUGUCUGCUGUUUGCUCUUGUUUUGGACUGUGAAUGCAGCAGAGGAAAGUUUGUGUAGAUUUCUUAAAACCUUUCCCAUGGCUCUCACUUCCAGGAAAUCAGACCAACACGUUUAUACCUCAGAAAGGUGUGGUGGAACUUGAGGAGGCCUCAUACUAUCCCAUCUCUUUUGUGGUGGCUGGAAAAGGGACACUCAAGGCCACCACUCAGUUGGCCUCCUCCUUCAUUGGUCCAAGGCAUGCACCCAGUCAGCCCCUCACCCCUUCCCUGCAUUGCCUAGAAACAGUCAAGGCAAAAUCCAAGGUGUCCAUGUUUUCCGUACAUGAUAGAAUGAAAUCCGAGGGCAGGCACAAAACCAUAGCUGCUGCUGGGCCAGUUCUUCUAUCACUCCACCGGUUGAUGUUUCUAUUGAGGCCUGUCGUGAAGAAAGGGCCACAGAGUCUAGGAGGGAAACUCUUUUCCCAUUCUUAGCGUGCAGUCGUCUUCUGUAACAACUCCUGAUUGCUGGAAAUUUGGGAAGUGAAUGAGGUCUUGACAGUCCAGAAACCCUUGCACCUACUUCAUGCAAAUCAUUUUCCUUGAAACUGUGGGGCACUUUGCAUGCUGCAAACUUGGCUGCAGCACUGCAGGGCUCCCUGCCUCUUGACAGAUCCUAAACUGGAGUAGCAGCAGUAUUAAUAGUGUCUCACCGGCGUGUGUGGAUCUCCCACCAGUCUGUGGUCCUCCAGAUGUUCUGGGAGUUACCAGUCCCAUCCACCCUAGCCAGCAUGGCCAAUGAAGAUGGAUGUUGCAGUCCAACACCUGGAUGGCCAAAGGCACCUCACCCUCGCCUUGCACCAGGUGUGGGGAACCUGUAGCCCUCCAGAUGUUCCUGAACUCCCAUCCUCCCUGGCCAUUGGCCUUGCUCGCUGGGGCUGAUGGGAACUGUGGUUCAGCAACAGCUGGAGGGCCAAUGGUUUCUCUGAUCGGAUGGUGGAUAUAUACCCUGUCCUGGAUGGGGUUACACUCCCCCUAAAGGAACAGGUGCGUAGUCUGGGAGUCAUCUUAGACGCUUCCCUUACACUUGAGGCUCAUGUAGCCUCGGUGGCCCGGAAUGCGUUCUACCAACUUCGGUUGGUAGCCCAGCUACGUCCCUAUCUGAGUAAGGAGGACCUCUCAUCAGUGGUACAUGCUAUGGUAACCUCGCGUCUGGACUACUGCAAUGCGCUUUACGUAGGGCUACCUUUGAAGACAAUUCGGAAGCUACAGCUAGUGCAAAAUGCGGCGGCCAGACUGCUAACAAGAACUAAGCGGUCUGAGCAUAUAACACCUGUGCUAGCCCGUUUGCACUGGCUUCCAAUAUGCUUCCGGGCCAGAUUCAAAGUGUUGGUACUUACCUAUAAAGCCUUAUACGGCGCGGGACCACGAUAUCUGUCGGAACGCCUCUCCCGAUAUGAACCGGCCCGUACUCUACGGUCUACUACGAAGGCCCUCCUCCGGGUCCCGACUCAUAGGGAAGCCCGGAGAGUGGUGACAAGAUCUAGGGCCUUCUCAGUGGUGGCCCCCGAACUAUGGAAUGGUCUCCCCGAGGAGGUGCGCCUGGCGCCGACACUGUCAUCUUUUCGGCGCCAGGUUAAAACCUUUCUCUUCUCUGAGGCAUUUUAAUUCCUGUGAAUUCUAAAUUAUUAUAUUUUGAUUUUAGACUGUA